AUGGUGAGGAGCAUACAGGAGGUGGGGGAAGGAUAUCUGGUGGAACUAUACAGGUUGGAGGGGAUCAGGCUGGAGGAGGGAGAGGAGGUUCUGCUUGCAGUACAUCCAUUGAUUCAGCAGUUCAGUGAGAAGGAUGAGAUUGAAAGGUUGAUCAGAGAGAUGCUGGAAGCAUGGAUCAUCAUGCUUAGUGUUAGUUCUUUUUCGAGCCCAGUGUUACUAGUUAGAAAGAAAGAUGGGAGUUGGAGGUUUUGUGUAGACUACAGGGCAGUGAAUAAAGAAAUGGUGCCAGAUAAGUUUCAAAUUCCAAUGAUAGAUGAGAAAGCAAUGGUUUUACUUAAGACCAUGGUGAGGAGCAUACAGGAGGUGGGGGAAGGAUAUCUGGUGGAACUAUACAGGUUGGAGGGGAUCAGGCUGGAGGAGGGAGAGGAGGUUCUGCUUGCAGUACAUCCAUUGAUUCAGCAGUUCAGUGAGAAUGAUGAGAUUGAAAGGUUGAUCAGAGAGAUGCUGGAAGCAGGGAUCAUCAUGCUCAGUGUUAGUCCUUUUUCGAGCCCAGUGUUACUGGUUAGAAAGAAAGAUGGGGGUUGGAGGUUUUGUGUAGACUACAGGGCAGUGAAUAAAGAAACGGUGCCAGAUAAGUUUCAUAUUCCAGUGAUAGAUGAGUUACUGGAUGAGUUGAGUGGGACAAUUAUCUUCUCUAAGAUAUAUUUGAAGUUAGGAUAUCGCCAGAUCAGGAUGAAAAGAGAGGAUGUGUCAAAUACUGCUUUCAAGACUCAUGAAAUACAUUAUGAGUUCCUAGUGAUGCCUUUUGGUCUCACAACGCCCCUACCACUUUUAGUCCCUCAUGAACAAGGUCUUCAGACCCUACCUAAGAUAGUAUGUGUUGGUAUUUUUUGA